GCUCAUGUCUUGGUUUAUAAACUUAUGUAAGGUUGCAGGAUCUCUCUUCUUAAUUAGUCUCUUUGUACAAAUAUGCUGGUUUAGGACACACAUUGAUUUGAGGGGUAUUGGAGAGAGUGAGUGAGAAGGGCAAUAAUUAAAAACUGGACCAAGGUUGAAGGCUGUGGUAGAGGACCAACAUGACCUUGUCGGUUGUUCUGCAAGACAAAUUCUCACCACUCCUUCUGAGUGCAAAACAACCUCUUCCCCUGUUCCUUUCCUACUUGGUUUUUAUGGGGCUGGAUGGCUGGUAGGAAACAACACCCUUCUAGGCCCUAUUCCCACCUUAACACCACUUUCCCAUAAACCAACAUUAACAAUAUAUAUGAACCAAGAUGUCUAGCUUAAUCAAUGUUAACUCUUAACACUCCCUUUGUGUCUCCUAAGGUGCUGUGUUUCUGGUGCAAUUAAGCUUUCCACUCCUCAAAUCUCUAUAGCCUAGGAGGUCUCUGAGAAUAGGAUUGAUUAGUGAAAAUUGGUUGGUGGGAUUAGCACCCAGAACGUCAAUAUCAGAAUAAGCAAAGAAUAAUUGUGGGCGUGCUAGUAAUUAUGUCUUUGGUUGAGUCUGGUCUUGGAUUAGAUGGGAUAUAUAUGAAUUAGGGUUGAGCAAGCAGGCUACAGGAACACAGAUCCACAAGCAUAAUUAAAGCAAAAAAUCACCAAGAUGAUGAUGGUUUAAGAAAAAGAUUAGAGCGAGUCAUAAUUAGAGGGUUGAGAUCAAACGUAGCUAGCUAGAUCUUGGACACCACAGAAACCAAACUUUGAUGGAAACGAGAGGGCAAGAUAAGGAAAUAGAGAUACCAACCACAACCACUUUAGGUUAUUCUUCUUCUUCUUCUUCUUCCAAGCUCUCUUCCUCAACUCUAGGUGAAAGAAGUAGCAGUGAUCAUGAUCAACAUCAUCAAACACCUCAUCAACCUCACACAUUAAUCUCACCUCACCAUAAUCUCUAUCCACCACCACAACCUCCUUCUCUUGCACCCCCUCAACCUCAUCAUAGACCCACAUCAGAUCCAGAUCUAACCACCCCAAUUGCUCCCACAUCGAACCCUUCAAGAACAACACCUCAAACAAUAACAACAAUAACAACAGCAACCGCAACAACCUCGUCCCAGUUGAUCAGAUACCGAGAAUGUCUUCGGAACCACGCGGCAAGCAUGGGGAGCCACGUGGUGGAUGGUUGUGGAGAGUUCAUGGCAAGUGGAGAGGAAGGCACGCCGGAAUCACUAAGAUGCGCAGCGUGUGAGUGCCACCGCAACUUCCAUAGAAAAGAAGUCGAAGGUGAACUAUCACAACCACAACCGCAAUCGCAACUGCAACCGCCGCCGCAACCUCAACAUGUUCCAAACUAUCAUCACAACUACUACACGAACAAGCACAACGGUCACCUUCACUUCUCUACACCCUCUUCAUCUUCCCUCCAUCAUAGAUUGGUUCCCACUUCCUCCACACCAGGUUUGGUUCCUCCAGUGAUGAUGGCCUUUGGAGGCCCAGCUGAGUCAUCAAGUGAAGAUCUCAACAUGUUUCAGUCCAACACAGGAGCACAGGUGUCAGUGCAGGCACCACUUUCCAAGAAGAGGUUCAGGACCAAAUUCUCUCAACAACAGAAAGAUAGGAUGAUGGAGUUUGCAGACAAGAUUGGUUGGAAGAUCCAGAAACACAAUGACCAGGAGGUACAGCAGUUUUGUUCUCAAGUGGGUGUCAAGAGACAGGUUUUCAAGGUUUGGAUGCACAACAACAAGCAAACAACUAGUAAGAAGCAGCAAAUGUAAGCCUAGGUACUAUGCUAGUCUCACUCUUCCAUCUUUUCUAGACUACUUCUCUUCCGUGUUGUUUGGAAAGAAAUAAAUAAAAAAAAACAAACAAAAAGAUUAAUUUUUAAGUGAAUAAUUGUAGAUUAGAUGUGCAUAUAUAAUGCAUAUAUAUUAUUCAGGCAGAGGAAGCUAGCUGUAGCUAGAUACAUAGAUACAUACAUUAAUUGACAGCAGCUAUAACUUGCCAUCUUAAAUUACUCAUUUUCUCAUAUGUAUGCUGUUCAUAGGCAGCAAAGAAAAUUUGCACUGCUUUUUUGGUGCAGAAAAAUAUGUACGGACUAGUUCUCAGUUUCUCUUUCUCUCUUUUGGCGUGACUAGCAUUUUCACCAUGGGGCAAAACUCUAGAGAGAGAAAAGGGAAAAGAAGAAAAAGAGAUAAGAACAUGAAUAUGGGUAUGCGUUGUUUGUCAUAACUCGUAAGGUUCUUAGUCUAGCUGUAAUAACAAUAUUUCAUGCACGAUACUUUGACGAACUUUUCUAUUUUAAUCAUGGAAGUGUUGUUGGUUCGUGAACCUAGCCUGUUCACUUGUUUGCUAAUCAAUGUAGAAGGCUUUGGAGAAAAUAGGAUACCACACCACACUACUCAUGAGUCAUGACCCAACCACAAUUUUGUCCUCUCAUAGUCAUUGAAUACACAGGUCACUGGCCGACACAUGAAUUAGCAGACAAUACCCGUUUUUUUCUCAACUUGCCUUUUCCAUAAUAUGUAUAAUGUGUAUUCUAUGUUGUCUCUACGCAAAUGAACCAGGAAUAUGUAGCCAAAUCAUGACAAAUAAACGAGGAAAUAGGGUUGGAAACAUGGGAGGAUACAAUUUUCACCCUUAAGGUCUU